GUUACCGUCAUGUCGCAUCAUGGCGGAAAAUCUUUUCAUGGGAACAGAAAAAGAGAAAACGAACCUCCGCAAAAAGAUAAAGUGGAAGAGGACGAAGAUGAAGAAGAAGAGGAAGAUCCGUUUGACAGCAGGAUACAAAAAUCAGGAUGUGCCGACCUUCAUUACGCAUUGUUGGUAAGCCAAGAGAAAAAUCGGCAUUCGGGAACUGCUCUGUAUACUCACCGAUACUCUGAUACUGUAAGCUGUAAGGCAUGAUAUGUGUGCUGCAAAAAGCACAGUUUACAGGUUUUGGAAAUUAGAGACGUAUGUUUUAGAAAAUCAUUCAUUUCCUGAAAAGAUAUUGUAGACAACGUUGGUCAAGAACCAGGACCGAGGUCGGGGAGGGGGUGAGGAUGGCUGGGGAGGAGAGGGAAGGGAGUGUAGUAUCUUCCCAAAAUACUUCUAGGGGUUAUGUGCCCUGCCAACAGGCCAGGGACGCGUUUCAAAAGUUUGCAAGGUAUGUCAGCGCUUAAUAAGUCUGUAAAAACCAGAAAAUAACACAGAAGUGGUAAAUCAGGACUCUGUCACGUGUUUUUAAACAUCCUAAAUAGUAAGCCUCGUUCCCAGGGUUCUCUCCUACCCGAACUUCGCAGGGAAAAAACGCAAACUUUCGAUUUCGACAAUAUCAAAAGCUUAUGCUUUGCUUAAAACAUUUCCAUCACAAGAAAGGAAGUUGAUUUGUUCAACUCUCCGCCAUGUUCAUACAACCUUCAGCCAUAAAAAAUGCUGAUUCUUUCGUUCCGAACUUGAUUCUAAAACGCAGUUAUUGAAUAUCUACUUUUAAUAGGACUGCUUUCAAGAAUAUAAAGACUGGAGGAAGUGCCAGGAUCAUGUAAAAGCCUUCAAGGAGUGCAUUGAUCAGCAAAACAAACAGAAAAAGUCAUAAUCAGAGACACAAGUUCAUCAACUGAGAAGAGCAACUGUUUGAACGUAUCUGGAUCUUGUCUGUCGGUGAACACACACUCUGCACGUGCAUCACACUUUUUAGUCCGUGAAUACAAGCUGCCGGCGCCAGGUAAACCGCGGUCCGAGCGCUUAAGCUCUAUCAGUGACGAAAGGAAAGCUCCCCAAACGCUCUUGAAUUAAGCAGGCUUGACUGUACAAGGGCAAAAGAUUUUUGACAGCAAACAAAGACAAACGGAACCCAAUCCUUUUCAGGGGAUUGCCAGUAAAUUUAUUCUUCUUUGAUCGAUAAGCAUCCAAUAGUUACAUCACUUACUUUUGGUAUUAAAUAGAGCGAAAUUGCAGUAUACCCCAAUAACUCUAUCUUUACUGCACACCUG